AUGCAGAACUGGAGGUUAGUAAAAGGCAAAGAGAGGUCACUUAUCUUGACAGCCAUACAUAAGGAAGCUGUCCUUCAGGCUCCCAGUCGGAACAAAGCCAUUUUAAAAGAUAGGAAAAAGAUUUAUAAGAAGUUGGCUGAGGCCACAAAGACAGUCAUUCAUGGUCUGUCUCCGGAGCAGAUGGAAUUGGUGAAAGCACUGGCUGAGAAAUGGAAUAAUGAAGUAGCUCCACUGGAUGUCCAAGCCAAUGUGGCCAAGAGCAAAGGUGCCGAUAUGAUAGAGCACUUCACCACAGAAAUGUUCAAGCAAACAGGAAUGAGGGUCUUUGUUCUUUCAGCAUGGUGUGACACCAGAGGAAAACAUGACUUCAAUCAUCAAUUUGCCAGCGGCGAAAGGUUCACAAGGACAACAAAUAUUGAUGAGAUUUUCAUGCCAGAGUGGAAGCUGUGUGCUGCCAACCAGUUUGGAAUGUGCAUUGGAACCGAGUCAGGAAAAGCAACUGUGCCAUGGGGUGAUGUCGUUAAGAACCAAUCAGACUUCUUUGAGUCAACUUAUUGGCCGGCCAACAUACAACUGGUUGAACCUUCCAAAAUGGGCAAAGGAGAUGUAACAACUUUGCUUGAUUUCUGGUAUGACAGACAGCAGAAACAUAUUCGGCUAACCUUCUCCUUCAAGGCCUGGAAAGACAGUGAUGGCGACAUGGAAACACUAUCAAAGACAUUCAAGGAAGCUUUUCGGUGUGCAACCAAGAAAAGCAACUGCAAUAGCAUUGUGAGCACCAGAACAUCAGCCCAGCUAAGAGAGCAGGAUGAAGAUAGUACUGAUGAGGAGGUACUGGAGGAUGAGGAACAUGGUUCAGCGGCCGACAAAGAUACCUUACUAUUAAACUCCGGCAACAAAGUCCCACCUCUGGCGCCACCGAUCAUUCAACAUGCAACAGCUCGGCGGGUGAUGGCAGUGGCGGCAUCCACAACUUCAACACAAUCACCCAUGUCAAACAUGGUCACCGGGAAGGUAGCAGCUCCUCUCAAACAUUCCAAGGCACCGGCCACUGCAAAUGUCAAAAGCAAGGAACAUGUUGGCACCAGACCAAUCAAUGAUCAACUGGUAAGGCCUCAUAAACGCCAUAUGGCGAAUCCAAUCAGUGACACACCAGCGAAGUGA